GAAACAGGAAGUUGACUCAUAAGUUCUGGAGCACAAACCCACACGGAGUAUCAAUAAACAUGAAGGCAGAGGGAAAAUACUUUGACCGGCCUGACUGAAGACAUGAGACAACCUUUGCUCCUUCUCAGUCUGUCGCUGGCAGUCCUCCUCUCUGCCAAUGUGCUGGCUCAGAACCAGAUAGCGUUCCAGUUCCAGACGAACCCGGUGCUCGUUCAAACUGGUGCCGAGAUCAAGUUCACGGUGCUGACAGUGUCCCAGGUGUUUUCCAUGACAUGGCAGUACCAAGGAGGAGUCACUGUGGGUUCGUGGUCCGGAGUAUCUUCGUCGAUUAACCCUGGGACCCAGUUCGAGGGCAGGAUCACCAUCACUGCGACCCAGCUCCGAAUCCUAGGCGCCCGGCUCCGAGAUGCGGGGAACUUCACGGUGGAGGUGACCCCAACUGGUACAACAGGCCUGGUCCCCGGCUCCAGAUCGGUACAGCUGAGGGUGUUUGAUACAGUGGCUGGGGUGAGUCUGUUGGUUCCCUCGCUGGCGGUAGAGGGAAGAAAUGUGAGUCUGAGGUGUACGUGGACUGCCGGGACAGAUAUCACGGUUCAGUGGGGCAAAGGAGGCGCAAACAUCCCCGUCGACGCCAGGAUCACCAUCUCAGCCGGCUCUCUGGUCAUCAACCCGGCCCGGCGGAGUGAUGCCGGGGAGUACACGUGCACCGUCAGCAACCUUGUCAGCGCCCAAACUGCCACAAAGAGCCUCACUGUUUACUAUGGCCCUGACAUCCCAGUGCUGACCAUGGAUACCCCCAAAGAGUGUGUCGGUGGAGGGGACGUGUUGGUGGGACAGACUGUGCGUCUCACCUGCAUGUCUGACUCUCUGCCACCUGCCCUCUUCGCAUGGCAACGUGAAGGGCAGGUGGUCGCGUCGGGCCAGCCGGACAGCGGGGUGCUCAGCCUCCAGACUUUCUCUACGUCUGAGAGCGGCCUCUAUGUCUGCACGGCCAGAAACGGCCUCACCGGUGGCACGUCGGAGCAGGGGAUAGACUUGGCAGUCGUAGCCACAUGUCUGAAUGUAGGGGAAGUGGUGGGGAUUGUGAUUGGCUGUUUGCUGCUGAUCUUAAUCAUCGUGCUCCUCAUCGUGCUCAUUGUCUUCCUCGCACGACGGAGGAGGGCACAACAAAGACAAAAUGAUACUGCGGUGCUUGUGCAGAAGACCAACCCAAAUCCCGGGCCUAUACCUCCAGAUCCACAAACUAAUGGUGCAAGAGAUUCGGGCCAAGGUCCCCACCCCCCACUCUAUCACCUGAACACACACACACAUCAGCCUGACCGCUUAUACACAGGCCCGCGUGAAAGCCGCGGCAACCCACAGACGCUGCCGCUGAACGGGCUGCACCACUCCGACACACACCAACACAAUGGUGGUACCCGCACAAAUGGACUCCUACACAAUGCCUCUCAGAACGCCAAUUCAUACCCACACAAUGGCAUUGACAACCGGGCUUUCAUACAAACUGAUGCUCAAAAUGCAAACACACUCCCGAACCCACAGCAGCAAAAUCCCAACAUUCUCAUACAGACCGGUGCUGCCCAGGGCGGCGCCCAGCCGCAGGCGGUCCAUGUCAGCCUUAACACGCUGCCACAAACUGCCCAGCAAAACAACAAUGCACAAGUACCCACCAUUCAUGUUAAUCUUACCUCAUACCCAAACACUAGUCAACAGACCCAGGGAGACAACUCAUUUCCACUUACCAAUACAACAAAUUAUAACGCUUUACAAAACCAACAAAACUUGAUGCAUACAGGGCAAUUAAAUCCCAGAAUGCAAAGUGGGCAGUCCUAUCCUAGUGACCCCCAGCUGAAUGGUCACGUAGAAGCAGGUCAGCCUGGACUAGUCCCGACUGGAUACACACACUAUAACGGUAAUAACACUCCUCAGCGAAACGCCAACACGCAGACCUACCAGGAGCCAGAGUCUCAUCGCCGAUCCGAUAGAAACUCUUGGGAUCUCCUUAGAGUGACCCCGGCGUACACUCCUCAGCGAAACGCCAACACAGAGACCUACCAGGAGGAGCCAGAGCCUCGUCGCCGGUCCAGUAGAGACCCAUUGGAUCUCCUCAGAGGGACACCAGCGUAUCCAACCGGCACACCUCCAAGAGGACACGCAUCACCUGAGUACACCUCUGACUAUACAGACUACACUAUCCAUCCUCCCAUACGAGAGGUAAGGACGCCAAACAGAUCCCAGCCUCGACCUCGGAGCCAAACCCCUUCCCGGGGCAGAACGCCACCCAGACAAGAUGCACCGUCGGCGGACAGACGGACACGGAGCCGUUCGGCUGAUCUUCAUGGCCCAAUCACUCGCAGUGUAACACAGCUCGAGGCUGAGCGCCACACACAGAGAAGUGGCCACACACAAAGGCAGGGCGCUCAGCGAGACAUCAGAGGAUCAUCUGGUAGCCAGACUGCCCCCAGGCAGGAAGCCAUGCACAACAAUAACCCUCAGGCACUGCCUCUCAUGAGCCAGCAGGCCUCUGUGGGCCGCUCUGCUCCGCCACAAGGGCCGACGACCCAACAGGGACCAACCUCACCGCGGGGUGCAGAUUCAAGAGCUUUGGCUGAUCCUAAUCACCUUCCACAGGCACACAUGGCCCAGCAACACAGAGCAGCGCCGAUCCAAACACCACCACAAGGCUGGGGCCAACAGACACAUCCUGUCACAAAUGGUGCCAAUCAGCCUCGCCAAGGAGGCACUGCUCCAGUCCCACACUCCUCUGCCCAGCAUCAUCCCAGUAACCUAACCCAGGCUGCACUUACAGUGCACACUGAGAGGAGUAAAACAUUUCAGAAUAGGAAACAACAAACCCAGGCUACUCUGCUUCACCCGGGAACACAGGCACGUCUUCCCGCUGCUGCUGCGGCGGCUCCCCACGCACCGAUUCCUCCACCCGUUAUCCCCCUUGCACAGUUCCAGGCGCUCCCCAAAAAGCAGCACAGAUCCCCAGCUAGAGGUCCUCAUCCCCCCAGACCUCCUGUUAACGUACCGUUGGCUCAACGACCCCAACAAGGGCAACAGCGGCCCGCCAACCAUCAUCACCAUCCAGAAAACGGCGCACACAGGCAUGCCCAGGCCCGCGGCCACAGACACCCCUCCCACUUCACCCACCCACAGCAGCAUCAGGCUCCCAGAGGGAGACCAAGAUGAUGACAGAUGUCAGCAGACUACACUCUACGACUUUCUCGCAUGCAUCUACUGACACAAACAAACAGCUGACAGACGUGAUCCAAUAUACCACCAAGCAAGAGUGACUGCACACGGUUCCGCUCUCAGAAACGCUGCCAUACUCUGGUAUCUCAGUCAUAGUCAUUUUUUAAAAAAAAAUUUAUGAAAGAAAUCUCCUGUGGGGAUGAUAAAAAUGUAACCUUUUGGAAUAGAGUCUUGUCAAAUUAAGCUUAAUCUACAUAAUUAAAUAAGCUAUAUGAUGAUACUGGAGGAUGUUUAGAUACAAUUUUCUUCCCACAUCAACAACCCUCCUCUCCAAACACACACUAAACCCUCAUGUAUUGUACUAUUUUGACUUCCUAAGCCCUGGUCAUGCAUCAAACUUUGCCGACAGCCUGCGCAGAGUAGACAAGUUCAGUGAUCCAUAGCUCUUGACCGAGCUCGCCUCCUUUCAUCCAUUCAUCAUCAAAGCUAAACAACACUACCUUGACAAAAGGUAGUGUUGGUGCUGCCAUGAAUAUGUGUGAUUCAUCUGUUAGUUACAGGCGGUAAAUGAGAAGAUUAUUGGCCCCUGGGUGACGGUGACAAUUAUAGAGGAUGAGAUCGGCCAUAGGGGUGGUCUUUAAUGUACAUGGAACUAUUUAUUUUGCGCCUUCUGUUUACAGAUGCCUCCUGUGACACUUCUCAAUUAAGCAGAUUUGCCUCGGUGGCGCUCAGAAGGAAUGCUCAGCUAACUAUGAAGGGGAUCCCAUAAAUGGAUGGGCGCUUUAUUAAUUAAAUGCUUUAAAUGACUUGGGAAAAUAAUCACACCCGUGCAUGAAUGAGGUCAGCACAAAGAGUCGAGCUGCCACGCUUUCCGCUGAAAAAGCACAUUGUAACCAUUUGCUGUCUGCCCUGGGUCAUGAGCAGCAGAUUUUAAUCAAUGGGAUGCUGUUAUUACUUUAACAGAUUAUGUAUUUAUUGAUUUAUUAUGUUUGUGCUUUAUUUUAAAUUUGUAAUAAUGUAUUUUUUUAAG